AUGGCCGCAAACGUUGCUAAGAGUUAUGAAUCUGGUGCUGAUCCUAUUGUGAAGUACUGCUCAGAGCAUACUUGCAAGUUGCAUCCUCUCCAAAUUGAACUUCAAAACUAUACUCUCCAGAAUGUAGAAAUGAGCCAAAUGCUUGGAGCCCCUGAGGUUCUUACUAUUGGACAAAAUUUCAUUCAACUCAUUGGUGCUAAGAAGUGUUUGGAUAUCGGAACAUACACUGGAGCUUCUGCUCUAGCUUGGGCUCUAUCUCUUGGCAAUGAUGGAAAGGUUCUCACUUUUGAUGUUGACCAUAAAAACUACAGAGAGCAUGGUGUGAAAAUAAUUCAGAAAUGCCAGGAAACUGAAAAGAAGAUUACUCCUGUUGAAGGCCCAGCGUUGAAGUCUCUUGAUGAUUUGAUUGCGAAUGGAGCUUCAGGCACUUUCGAUUUCGCUUUUAUUGAUGCUGAUAAGACCACUUAUCCUGAGUAUUAUGAUCGCUGCGUCACUUUGCUCAGAUCAGGCGGAAUCAUUAUGGUUGACAACGCUCUCCGAAGAGGGACGAUAGCUACGGGUUACCCUAAAGACGAUAUGGCAUGUCUGGCUAUUGACCGAACGAAUGACUUGAUCUUCGACGAUUCCAGAACAAACUCAGCUCUUCUCAACUGUGGAGAUGGGCUUCAUAUUGCUUUCAAGAAAUAA